CAACAAUUCAAGAUCGGGAUCAAUCUUCUUACCCCUCCAUUUUCGUCCCCAUCGCGUUCGAAAACGGUGGUUUGGCUUCAGUGUAUUGCUUCUCCAGCGUCGAUAUCAGCACAACGUCACAUCAGCCGACGGAUGGGAGCAACCCGUCGUCGCCUUGCUUCCAAUCUGAGGAUCCAUGGACCCUUUCGCCACACUCCCCAACGAAAUCCUGCUGUUUGUUGUACAGCAGGUCCCGGAUCUGGGUUCCCUGCACAACUUGCGAAGUGCCUCCCCCGCCGUGGCAUCCCUUAUCCGGGAGGAUGGGAAUGCUGCACGGAUUACUGAGGCCGUCCUAUCAGCAACCCUACCAGAUAAGACGCAGGAAGUUGUCCGUACCCUGGCCUUCGUCCUCUGGGGCCCGCACUCGGGAGGCCCACCUCUUGCCUCAUGGUCAGCCUUUCGCCAUCUCUACCACAUCCUCCCGAUCGGCCAUGCCGCACCGCCAGUUUCGGAGCAACUACCCCGCGAGAUGCCAUCAUCGGUGCUCUGCCGCGUUCUCGCCCUGUCAACGAAUGUCCAUCGAGUUGCCCACGGCUGCCUGCACACCCUAAUGAACAGGUUCCUAUCGCUGCGUCCGCGGAGGCCUGCCCACCCGAGGUUUAACUAUCGCCGGUCCAAUUUUUGGAAGUCCUUGGACAGAGAGACACGACAGCCAAAGCCGUACGAGCCUCCACCACAGCCGCCAUCGGAGCCUGCUAAGCCAAGUGCCCGGCUCGCCGGCGAGGCGGCUGCUCCGCUGGCUUGGGUUGAGGAGCAGUCCGCGUUGAAUGCCGCUUGGCGUUUGGCGCUCAUCUCCGCGUUACACAAGUCCGUUGACUCUCGGCAAUGUGCCUGGCCCUCGGAAGACGUGGAGAAACUAAAGAAUCUGUCACCUGUCGAAUUCUGGGACUUGUUGAUUGGGAGUACGUCCGAGGCGGAGAUGGAGUGGGUGAGGGCCAUGUCUGACUACAUCGGCUCCGAGGUCAGCUCAUCGCAUUUGCUCUCAAAGCAGAUGGGGGCGGCCCGGAAUUGCUGCAUGGCGAUUCAAGCCGCCCCGGAUGGUGACUGGAUACAUGACAAAGACCAGUUUGGUCAGGUUUCGGCUGGUUAUUCCUUUUUCAGAGAGGCUAGAACACUGCCAUAUUCACCGUUGCGAGGAGCAGACUUCGGAGUUUUCCGACAGUACGGGUUUGGCCUUUGGAGCACCAAGCGUAUGAUGGGGAUGGCCUUGCUGCCUGAUCCCCAGAUGACGGAAGAGCGGUUCGGGGGCAAUUGGCAGAAUGAAGAACAUAGCCUCUUCUAUUCUUGGUACAGUAUCCUAACCGCACAGGAGCUGGUUGAUCUUGAGGACACGCAAAGAACCCAUUGGCCCAAUUAGUCCUGGAUUACCUAUUCUGGUAGCGACUUCCGUCACCCGAAAUCGAGGGUAGAUAUCAAUACAAG